CAGCUUGUUGACUGCGCCUGUGUGUCACGGGGUACUGCUGUGACACUUUUGAUCGACUUCCAGUUCUCCAUUGACAAAGUAAACAUUUGAAGGAUAAACUUCAAAAAGUUUCAUGGAGAUAACUCACCUUUCGAACAUGUGUCAUUAAUAUUGACGCACUGAACUCUCAGUUUAAGGAAGGAAGCUAUCAAUACACGAUGGCUAUUAACAACAAGUUUGCCGACGAGAGCACCCCUCUCUUGGACUCUGAUACUGGGACUAAUGUGAGAGCAUCAACCCCUUCAGUUUUCCAGGGAAGACAACUAGCAUGUGCUGCUAUCUUGCUGGCUGAAUCAUUGGAAAGGAUUGCAUUCUAUGGGGUCACAGCCAAUCUUGUUCUCUUUUUAAACAGUAGUCCUUUUUAUUGGGAGGGGACACAAGCCAGCCAGGCUCCUCUGAUGUUCAUGGGAGUAACCUACCUAAUCUCCCCGUUUGGAGGCUGGUUGGCAGAUGCAUACCUUGGAAAGUUUUGGACCAUUGCCUCAAGUUUGAUUUUGUACUUUAUAGGCAUUGUUUUUUUCCCUUUAAUUUCAAAUGACAACACCAGAAUAAAUAUGUGUGGAGAAGAAGCAGCAUUUCCUGUGCAACCAGCUGAGUGUCUCAGCACAAACAGUACCCCUCCAAGCAAUGUGACUUGCCCUAUCCGUGCACCUUACUGUGGACCUAUAGUCUACAGUGGACUUUUUAUCAUUGCAUUGGGUGUGGGGACUGUCAAGUCAAACAUCACUCCAUUUGGGGCAGACCAGGUGAAAGACAGGGGUCCAGAGGCCACACGACGAUUCUUCAACUGGUUCUAUUGGUGCAUUAACUUAGGUGCCAUCCUGUCACUUGGAGGUGUAGCCUACAUCCAGCAAAAUUUCAACUUUGAGCUUGGCUACAUCAUUCCCACUGUGUGCCUUGGGAUUUCCUUCCUGGUUUUCCUCCUGGGCCGAACAGUUUUCAUUACCAAGCCUGCUGAUGGUAGCGCUUUCACUGAUAUGUUCAAGAUACUGAGCUUCGCUUGUUGCUCAUCAAAACCCAAGGAGCCUGACUUGCUUCGAAGCAGUCAACCAACACUAUUGGAUGGUGCCAAAGUGACCCAUGGAGGAAAAUUUCCAGAAGAGAAAGUGGAGGAAGUAAAAUCUUUGGUGAAAAUCCUACCAGUUUUCUUAGCCCUUAUUCCAUAUUGGACGGUUUAUUUCCAGAUGCAGACAACAUACAUUCUGCAGGGGCUCCAUCUAAAGAUACCAGUUGCUGCCAUGAAUAGCGCCACUGACUCCCACAUGAUGACAUUUCGCUUCCCAGCAGCCUGGCUCACCAUGUUUGAUGCUGUGCUCAUCCUCAUGCUGAUUCCUCUUAAAGACAAAGUAGUGGACCCUAUUCUGAAACGACGUGGCCUGCUGCCCUCUUCUUUGAAGAGGAUUGCAGUGGGGAUGUUCUUUGUCAUGUGGUCAGCUGUGGCAGCAGGCAUUCUGGAGACAAAACGCCUGGAGAUCGUCAAAGCAAAUGGUCCCAUUAAACAAGAACUUGGGAAUGUAAUCUACUACGCAGCAGAUUUACCCAUUUGGUGGCAAGUGCCACAAUAUGUGCUUAUCGGCAUCAGUGAAAUAUUUGCCAGUAUUGCAGGGCUGGAGUUUGCCUAUUCUGCUGCACCAAAGUCUAUGCAGAGCGCCAUCAUGGGGCUGUUCUUCUUUUUCUCUGGGAUAGGCUCCUUUGUGGGCUCGGGUUUGUUGGCUAUCGUAUCCCUCAAGGAGAUUGGCUGGAUGUCAUCUCACAAAGAUUUUGGAAACAUCAACGACUGCUCACUGCACUACUACUUCUUUCUUCUGGCCGGGAUUCAGGGCGUCACUCUUCUCAUCUUCCUUAUAGUCACUUUUAAAUAUGACAAGCAGAAGGGCCGAGCAGGAAGCCAAAGACAAAGACACGUCUCAUCCUGACCCUGACACAUGACCUACAGUAUAUCGCUCACACCCUACCUGCCUGCUUCUGGUACGAUUUCGAGUAAUUCAAAUAUGUAUUUACUAAUCAAUUCCUGAAAUUCUCCACUCGCUGAAAAUCGGUAAGUGUUGCUGUUAUCGUACAGUGUGUUUUAGGGGUUUGGUUUUCCUCUAAAAAUGGCUACAUUUACAUGGACAAAAUUUCUUUGUUCUGAUCAGUGUUCGGAAUAAAAUUAUAAACAGAUGCACUGUUUUCACGGACACACAAACAUCACACUUUUCGUCGGAACAAAUUUUGACAUGCGCAGAUAAUACCAGAAAUAGUACGAGUAGAAAUAGAAGAAGCCGGAGCGACUUCCGUGUCAAAAAUACAUCACUCUGUCCAUUUCUAGUUUAACCACUUUUGCUGAUUUUUUCCAUUUUUUUAAACUGUCAGGUCUUUCAACAAUUGUAAGAUCUUAUAAUAUCUUAAGCAACGUGUUUGUCUCGGGUACAGAUCAGUUUAAUUUUGCGCCUACCCGGUCUUCCCCUCGCUCAGGUGCUACUUUUGGGAAUGACAGAAAAGCAUACACCUAUGUCACAGACAUGCGUGGUGAGGUGAAGACAGUUUGUUCCAUAAUUUUGGUAUAAAAUGUUUUCACGUGCGCUGAUUGGGUUAUGAAAAAACUCCUCUUGUUCGGAAUAGAAUCUUGAUCAGAAUGGGUUGGCUCGGGUUUGAACUUUCCGAAUGGGGUGUAUAUGUUUUUAUUCCGAUCAGGCUUCAAAUCUGAAUGAAAUUGUCCAUUUAAAUGUAGCCAAUUUCAAAUGCCUUUCUGAGACUGUCUGGAAAGACUUCACAUUCAAAUGUUGAUUUUAACGCAGGAGCUACAUCAUGUUUACUUCUGUCUGUUUACACUGUUGCCUUCAUUUGCACUAGACCUGCAAUAUGGAGCCAGAAGAUUACAGUAGUUAAAAAAAAGUCUACACUCCCAUUGUCAAAUGCAGGGUUUUUUUUCUUUGGGGGGAAAAAAAAAAAAAAACAUAA